AUGCUUUCAAACAAGAGAUUGAUUUUUGCACUAUUAUUCAUCUUCACCACCUUGAUUUAUGCUUCUUAUGGAAUUAAUUCGGAUAUAACUGACAUUUUGGAUAAACGUGAUAAUAAUAAUAAAAGGGGUGACAGCGGUAGCAGCGGUAGCAGCUCAGAUACACUUAAAAAAUACUGCUCAGGGUUCAGAUUUCUAUAUCCUUAUGCAAAGGAUGAUACUUCAUACAACCAGCCCAUACAAAUCCAAAACAAUACUAACAUUACUGUCAUGUGGGCGAAAGACGCAUCGUCUAGUGUUAAAACAUGCAUGGACUGUGAAAUGUUGCAGUCAGGUCAUCAAUUUAUUCAAAUUGUAUGGAAAAAAGGAAUUGAUAUGACACCCGGUUAUGCGUCUGCUUCUGUUCACUUUUCCUGUGAUCCAGGCACGCCACUUCCUAUUACUGUUACCCUCAGAGCUAUAGGUCAAACUGCCGAAGGUCCAAGAUGUGCUGCUUACUC